GCCGAGAAGAUCCGGCUCCUGUACCGAGUCGCCUCUGGCAUGGCAUAUCUGCAUGCCAACAACAUUGUCCAUGGCGAUCUCAAGUCUCUCAAUGUGCUGCUCGAUAGUGCCUUCAAUGCAGUUGUGGCCGACUUUGGCAUGUCCAGAACCAAGCACAACUCGGCCACGAUGAACCGCACUCGUCGCAGCCAGCCAGUCGGCGGCACACUCAGCUAUAUGGCACCCGAGAUGCUGGACGAUGAGCAACCCGCCGGAUCUUCAAAAUCCACGGAUGUCUAUGCGUUUAGCAUCAUCGGUUAUGAGGUGAUGAACAAUUGCCGACCGGUAUGGGUCACUGUCGAUGGCCAGCCAAUGAGGGAAAGGAUCAUCGAGGCCCAAGUCGUCAAAGGAAACCGACCCAAGCCGGUGGAAGGCAUCCCCGACGACAUCUGGGCCCUGAUCGAACGCUGCUGGCACCAGGAGCCCGGCCAGAGACCCAAGUUUCCCGAGAUCCUC